CCAAGAAGCGAAAUGAAAGCCAAAGAGGCCCACUCGCCAUCCUGAGAUUCCAAAAGUAAAUAAUAAUAAUAAUAAUAAAAAUCCCCACAUAAAUACUCGAAUUUCAUAUCUGCCCAUCAUUUCUCUCUUUUCCUUGAAUUUCUCUCUGCGAUCGGAAAUGGCGGGUUCCGAUGGCAGAGACAAGAACUUGGAUUCCUCCGUCUCCUCCUCCAUCACCAGCACCGCCGCCGGAAGCACCACCACCAGCGGCGACUCCUUCCGGAUCAGUACUCGUUCUUCCUUCGUCGACUCCUUCAAGGGCUGCGGUCUGUCCGGGAUCCGCAUCGACAAGGAAGAUCUCAGGCGUCGGGUCGUCAUCCCUGAAUACCUACGAAUGGCGAUGGUCGAAGCGAUGCGGUCCAAGGACGCCUCCCUCGUCCCACCAGCCCCGCCUGGUGGGGGCCAGGUCGAGGCGCCUGAGACGCCGAUGAUCAUCUUCGUCAAUUCCCGCAGCGGUGGUCGGCAUGGGCCUAUCCUCAAGGGCAGGUUGCAGGAGCUCAUGGGCCAAGAGCAGGUUUUUGAUCUUUCAGCUGUGAAGCCUUCUGAUUUUGUCCAAUAUGGAUUGGCUUGCCUGGAGAAUUUGGCUAGCCAUGGUGACAAUUGCGCAAAAGAGACUCGUGAGAAAAUGAGGAUCAUGGUCGCAGGAGGUGAUGGCACAGUGGGUUGGGUAUUAGGUAGUAUUGGCGAACUUCAUAAAGCUAAACGAGAACCUGUUCCUCCAAUUGGGAUCAUUCCGCUUGGUACAGGCAAUGAUCUAUCUAGGAGUUUUGGUUGGGGUGGUUCAUUUCCUUUUGCAUGGAAGUCAGCAGUCAAGCGCUCUCUUUAUAAGGCUAUUGCAGGUCCAAUUUACCGUCUUGAUAGUUGGGAAGUUGUGGUUUCAAUGCCAUCAGGAGAAGAUGUAGAAUUGCCACAUUCUCUGAGGUAUAUGGAGGACUGCCCUUUUGGCGAGGAUGGGGAUAUUGAAGGGAACCUGCCUGAGAAAGUGUCUUGCUUUGGUGGUGUGUUUUACAAUUAUUAUAGCAUAGGAAUGGAUGCCCAAGUUGCUUAUGGGUUCCACCAUUUACGAGACGAAAAACCAUACCUUGCACAGGGUCCAAUUGCCAAUAAGUUGAUCUACUCCGGCUAUAGUUGCACCCAAGGAUGGUUCUUUACACCUUGCUUGAGUGAUCCAAGUUUGAGGGGACUCAAUAACAUAGUACGGCUGCAUAUAAAAAAGGUCAAUUGCUCAGAAUGGGAGCAAAUUCGAGUUCCUUCAAGUGUUAGGGCUGUUGUUGCUUUGAAUCUUCACAACUAUGGAAGCGGAAGGAAUCCAUGGGGUAAUCUGAAGCCAAACUACUUAGAGAAGAGAGGCUUCGUUGAGGCUCAUGCUGAUGAUGGACUGCUUGAAAUAUUUGGCCUCAAACAAGGGUGGCAUGCCUCAUUCGUUAUGGUUGAGCUCAUCUCCGCCAAACACAUAGCCCAGGCGGCCUCGAUCAGAUUGGAAAUUAGGGGUGGCCAGUGGAAGCACGCAUACAUGCAGAUGGAUGGGGAGCCGUGGAAACAGCCCAUACACAAGGAAUUUUCAACCUUUUUAGAGAUCAAAAGGGUGGCCCAUCAUUCUCUCAUGAUCGGUGGGGAGUAAUGAUCAUGCUGGCACGCCUUCGGCUCAGGUGCUGAGUCCCUUGAGUUUAUUUUAAUUCGUGUGAACAUGUAUAGUUACUAUCACCACCUUGGGGGGCUUGUAUUUUUGUGUUCUUGUACCUGAAUUGCUAUCUAUUUGAUUGAUGCCAUGGUAGAGCUGCCUGUAAAUGUUUACAUCAUUUGUAGAACUAAUGAAAGCAUUGAUUACA